CGUUACACGCGGCUCGGGUCUGUCACAGUCAGCACGGAGCCCGCCCCAGAAGACCCCGCCCGGGGGACGUCCCCGCAGCGCGACCCCGGCCGAGCGCGGGCGGCCACGCCGGCUUCAGGCGCUGCACUGCGCAGGCGCGCGCACGGUGCGCAGGCGCCGCCCAGAAGUGACUUCUCCAAAAAGUGUCUUAGUUGGCGGUCACCUGAGCUCCGGGCGCCCGGCUCCCGUAAGCUGCGCGGCCGCCGCCUCCGCGGGUCGUGCGCGGGGCCUCGCCCUACUCUCGCGCCCGUCGCUGCCUCGCCCCCGGCCCUCCAAGGGCGCGUUCUCCCCUCUGUCCUUUGCGGGCGGGCCGGGCCGAGCCGGGCCGAGCCGCCGGUGCCGUCCGACCAUGGCGUCCCUCUUCAAGAAGAAAACCGUGGACGAUGUAAUAAAGGAGCAGAAUCGAGAGUUACGAGGGACACAGAGAGCUAUAAUCAGAGAUCGAGCAGCUUUAGAGAAACAGGAAAAACAGCUGGAAUUAGAAAUUAAGAAAAUGGCCAAGAUUGGUAAUAAAGAAGCUUGCAGAGUUUUAGCCAAACAGCUUGUACAUCUACGGAAACAGAAAACAAGAACUUUUGCUGUAAGUUCAAAAGUCACUUCUAUGUCCACACAAACAAAAGUGAUGAAUUCCCAGAUGAAGAUGGCCGGAGCAAUGUCUACUACAGCAAAAACAAUGCAGGCAGUUAACAAGAAGGUGGACCCGCAAAAGACGUUACAGACAAUGCAGAAUUUCCAGAAGGAGAACAUGAAAAUGGAGAUGACUGAGGAAAUGAUCAAUGACACACUUGAUGACAUCUUCGAUGGUUCUGAUGAGGAGGAAGAAAGCCAAGAUAUUGUGAAUCAAGUUCUCGAUGAAAUUGGAAUUGAAAUCUCUGGAAAGAUGGCCAAAGCUCCAUCAGCUGCCCGAAGCCUACCGUCCGCCUCGACGUCGAAGGCCACAAUCUCCGAUGAAGAGAUUGAACGGCAGCUCAAAGCUUUAGGAGUAGAUUAGUCAAAAGAGCCACAGUAUUUUGCUUACGUAUAAUUUAGUAUAAACCAGGCACAGUGCAAAUUCCUUUGACAAAACACAUUUAUUUUGUAAAAAUGAAGACCAUGAAUAGACAGUCGUUUCCUAACCCAUGGCUAUUUUGAAUCUUUUGCCAAAGAAUGACAAUGAUCCAAAAAUGAGAACAGUUUGGAUGUUAAUUAGAAUUAUUUAGGAGUGAUGAUGUGUAAAGGUUGACUUCUUUUCUGCAUGGCAUAGAGAAAUUAUAUUCAUUACUUCGUGUAGUUUAUGUUCUAAAUCUUUUUACAGUGAAUACAAAAUCUUGUUAAAGCCGCUAGGCACCAACUUAAAGAGACUUGUAAAAAUAUUAAAAGUGUAUCAUUAAUUCUGUAUCUGUUGCUUGUCCUUUGUAAGCGAUAUGUGUUAUGACCAUAGGUGGUUCAGCUGCCAAAUUAAUUUUAAAUGAUCUUGAGGAAGAGUGCUACUUAAACAUCUGUCUUAACAUGAAAACUGUCACCAGCUUUUCUUCUUUUUUUUUCCUUUGGGGGAACAUUCUAGCUGGUAAGUUUAUUUCCUUCCAAAAUGUACUUGGCACCUGCCUUAAACAGCACAAGCAUAUUGUCCACAUCUUUGAAUUAUUUUAACUGACAGAAAAGAAUUAAAUUUUAAACUAAAAUUGAGUGCUCUGACAAAAAUUAUCCAGGCUCUCUUUUGUAAAGCUUAUAAGAGUAAGUUGGAUAUAAUUAGUAAAAACACUGAAUUGAUAACAUUUGAUAGUAAUAAAACAAUAUAUUUUGGUCUUUCUUCUAAGAACUAAGGGAAUUUCUCUAUAUGUGCUAUAAUUUUAAUCUCCAUUUAAUUUUGAGCUGUGUUAAUGUGCACAUUGAACACUCUAAAUUGAAGCCAUCAUUCUCAACUGAGUAACACUACCAUAACAAUACUUGAGACCUAAGUUUUAAAAUAAAAGUUAGCAUUUUUUUUGGUAAAUGAAAAUCAACUGUGUCAGAAAUUACUGCUUAAAUGUGUAUUAAUGUGUUAGUAUUUUUUAAGGUAAAGUUGCUAUGGUAUUUAAUGUAUGUAUAGAAAGUGAGAAGAAACGAAGUGGCAGAUUAGUUAGAGAUAGGAUUUAGAGUUAGGUUAGUUUUGAAAAAUGAUGCUGUAAUAUAUGGGUUCUAGGACAUCCCAGCAUAAACACUCCAGAGGAGAUCAGAUAGGUGUAACCGGGUUAAUUUAGGAUGGUGGGCAUUUUGGACUAAUAUUGACAAUGCAAAUCCAUUUCAGUGUAAAUCCACAUGUACAUGUGACAAAUGGAUUGGUGGGAAGGAGAAGUUAAACUAUAUAGUUUGUAAUCCAUAAACCAUUUUAUAAUGUUCAAAGAUGAGGUUCCAUUACUGAUACUCCUAAACACAGUUACCCUGGACAUUGAUGGGUCAAAACAUUUUACUGGAUUAUGGAAUGUUAACCCAGAACUUGUUUUGAUUCUUGGAUGUACAUAAUAAUGCCAGCUAACUUUGUUUACUUUCUUGUUUACAUGUGGGGGCUUUUGGUUUUAAAAAUUAUUUUGUUAAAAAAAUUCAAUAAAGAGUUAUUGCUGUUA